UCUCUUCCGUCUUGUCGACAUUAGUCGGUCAUCGUCCAUUUUCUCCUUCCCACUUUUAUUUUUCUCUCUUUUCUUCAACAAUCUCCAGAAAAAGUCACUACCUGGGAAAAUUUGGUUUCUUAUUAGUCCUUAAACUUUAUCUGAUCACUGUUUCGACCGAAUUCUACAAAAGAUUGGAUUUUUAGUCUGCCCAAAAUUUAGAAUAGGAUUAUCUCGGCGUUUAAUUUGUAUAGAUGAGAGUGUUACUUUGAAGUAAUUACUGCUGCUAAAAAUCAGAUUUUGGAUUCAUCGAAACGAUGGAUCAUGUCAUCGGCGGAAAAUUCAAGUUGAGUAGGAAGAUUGGUUGUGGAUCAUUCGGUGAAAUUUAUAUAGGGAUUAAUGUCCAAACUGGUGAAGAAGUUGCUGUUAAGCUGGAACCUGUGAAGACGAAGCAUCCUCAACUACACUAUGAAUCGAAAGUAUACAUGCUUCUUCAAGGAGGGAAUGGUGUUCCUCAUAUCAAAUGGUUCGGUGUAGAGGGUGAAUAUAGCUGCAUGGCGAUUGACAUUCUUGGUCCUAGCUUAGAGGACUUGUUCAAUUAUUGUACUCGGAAAUUCUCUUUGAAAACUGUUCUAAUGCUUGCUGAUCAGUUAAUAAACAGAGUUGAGUACAUGCACAUAAGAGGGUUUCUUCACCGUGAUAUUAAACCGGAGAACUUUUUGAUGGGUCUCGGUCGCAAAGCAAACCAGGUGUACAUUAUCGAUUAUGGGCUUGCUAAAAAGUAUAGAGAUCUUCAGACGCAUAAGCAUAUACCAUACAGGGAGAAUAAGAAUCUAACAGGAACUGCUCGAUAUGCAAGUGUCAACACACACCUUGGGAUUGAGCAAAGUAGAAGAGAUGAUCUGGAGUCGGUUGGUUAUGUGCUGAUGUAUUUUCUACGAGGAAGUCUGCCAUGGCAAGGUCUAAAAGCUGGUACGAAGAAACAGAAAUAUGAAAAGAUUAGUGAAAGGAAGAUGCUUACUCCUGUAGAGGUUCUUUGCAAGUCAUUUCCGUCCGAGUUCACAUCGUAUUUCCAUUACUGCCGAUCAUUGAGGUUUGAAGACAAACCAGAUUAUUCAUAUCUGAAAAGACUUUUCAGAGACCUUUUUAUCCGGGAAGGUUAUCAGUUCGACUAUGUGUUUGAUUGGACAAUCUUGAAAUAUCCUCAGAUGGGCUCUAGUUCGAGACCAAGGCCAAAUCAAAAACCAGCUCUAGACGCUCCAGGACCACCUGCAGACAGAAGUGACAAGCCUACAGUGGGGCAGGAUCUGCGAGAAAGAUUCUCAGGAGCGGUUGAAGCAUUCGCCAGACGAAAUGUAUCGAGUCCUGGCAUUCGCUCUUCCAAAGAAGUGAUGCAGCAUGAGUCUGAAAAAACAAGAAAUGAGAGCGCCACAAAAAGGGUGGUGAUGAUGUCAAGCAGCAGACCUGGAUCAUCAGGUGAGCUAAGCGAGAACCGAUCAAGUAAACUCUUUUCAAGCGGUGCCCAAAAGAUUCAGCCUGGCCAAGAAGCUAAGUCAUCAGCAAGGCUUGGACGUGAUGACGCCCUGAGAAGCUUCGAUCUGCUUACUAUCGGUUCCGGUAAGCGGAAAUGAGUCACAGAAGGAGACUGUGAACUUAGAAAGAAUCUGUUUUACCUACUGAAAAUGGGAAAAAAAGAUAAACAAAAAAUCUUUAGUCUUCAUUUGAUCUGUUUAGCCUUUUGGGAAGAAGACGAGAGAAAGUAAAUCUCUCUCCUUCCUUAUGUGUUUAUAGAAUUUGUUCAUUAAAAAGUGGUACUGGAUAUGUAACUUGUAAUAAGUACUAUGUUUAAUAUUAAUCAAAUUUGGUCAAACA